UUCAGCAUUCAGUCGUUGUUUAGUUAUGUUUUAUAUAUAUUUUUUUCCCUUCGUUUUUAAUGCCGAAUUAUUGAUUUUAAUAAAAAUAAUAUUUAUUUUAUCGAAUCAGUAGAAUAAUAACUUGCAGAAAUAAGCUAUUUGCCUUGAUCUGGUCGUUUCAGAGCUUAGUACUGUAGUAAAGUUUACACUUUUCCGUUAAAAUAUCUGAAAGAAUGCAUUUUUGGACUGUUUCCAAUAUUUUCUGUUGUUCUCCUUUGCCAAAGGAAAGAAGAAUAAAAAAAAAAAGAAAAAAAAAAACAAGGGAGCAUUUUUAUAACAUUAUUGAUUUAUUAUUAUAUCGAGGCAUAACUUACAUUUCUAAAUAGUUAGACCUUUUAAAACGCGAAACAAGGCCAUUAAAAACGCGAUAGUAUUUGCAGAAAAUGAAAUUUAUGCGAUUGCUGAAAGUAAAUUAUCGGCGGCGGAAGUAAAAGUUUAAGAAAUGUUCGACUUUAAGCCAUCGCAUCGGCGGUUAUAAUAGAAGUAUUGGUCGACUCGGCUGCCAUUAUUACUAUGGUUGGCGACGGACACAUCGACCAGCGACCAGACGGCGAUGCACGAGGUCAGGGAGCUGCAGACGUACGAAGAUGAGGAGGAGGAAUCUGCUGGAUGUUGUUGUCUUUCUAGUAUUUGUCCGGAGCCAUAUCUAGUGCAGGUGAUAGCCUUCAUUUGUGGUUUAAUUGUGAUUCUUUUGAUGAUUUUGUGCCUGGCUUCUUCAAAUUGGUUGACAGCAGAAAAAUUUCGUCAAGGAUUAUGGGAACAGUGUAUUGAUGAUGAUUCACCUUUACCAUUACCAUUCAAUAUUGAAAAGAAGCCUGGAUGUUAUCCAGCAAGAGAGGCCUCCUAUAUUCAAGCAGCAGCUGCUUUGUGUGUCAUAACACUUAUCUUUGAUCUUGGAGCAACUGUGAUGACUGGCUGCGGACUCUGCAGCAAAGAUCCAACUAGAAAAUACAAACUUUAUCGUUAUGCAUUAUAUGUCAUGGUUGGUGCAUUAUUAUCAAUAUUAAUUGCACUUGUCAUAUAUCCUGCUUGCUUUGCUGCUGAGAUUGAAGACAGCAACAGACAAGUUUGGGAAUUUGGAUGGGCCUAUGGUGUUGGAUGGGGAGCAGCAAUCUUUUUGUUUGGUGCCAUUCUUUUGUUACUCUGUGACAAAGAAACAGAAGAAAUUUAUUACAAGGAACGGACCGUCACUCAUGAUGAUGGCAGUGCGUAACAAAUCGACUGCACUGUAUAUAUAUCACAUAUCGUCCAUCCAAAAUCAUUGUCCAGUGUGUUAAAAGUCACCUCUUUGUAUGAUCACUCCUGAUAGAUUCAACAAUUUGAGCUGUGAAAUAGUGACAGCACCAAAAUCAGUUAUUAGAAAAUAUACUUGUGUAAUAUUGACAAUCCCAUCUCCAGACAUUUUAUAUUAACUAAAAUUCCUUUAAAUUAAUAUUCUCUCACUACAUACAUUUGCAUUAACAAAAGAACUAUAAUAUAUAAAUAUUGCAUAAAAUAAAACUUUCUUUUUAUUAAAAACCAUUCAACAUAUUAACCAUUAAACAUGUGAUCAAACAUCACAGCCAAUUAUUCAGGGGUGCUAUUGAAACUUCAUUUAAAUAUAUUAAUGCUGCAUACAAUUUAAAAGCAGCAGUAUAUAAUCUAAAUAUUUGCUAACGACAGGGUCCUUCCCCUAUUUUCUACCUCAAAAGUUUUAUCUCAUUCAUAUUUAGAUUUUUUGAUAGGGUUGUUGUUAUAAAGAAAAAUAAAAUCACAAAUAAAUAUUGUUUAUAAAAUCUAUUAUUAUUAUUCUAUAUUGGCCUUUUUCGAUUUGUGUUGUUUGAAAGAACACUGGCACAGGUUAAUGAAAACUAUAUUGCUAAUUAACUUAUCAAAGACAAUAAAUUUGUUUCGUAAUGGAAUUUUUAAAAUCUAGCAUUGCUAAUUAUUUGUAAAUUGCCAAAUAGAUACUACAAAGCUGUAUACCAGAAUGUGGUGAUAGGAAGAAUUUUGAUAAUUUUAUUUGUUUAAAUGUACUUAGUGUUAUUUAUUUGAAUUAUUUAAAAUAUAGGAAAAUCAAAUUUAAAAUCUAAAAUAUUAUCAUCAUCAUGUAUUUU